AUUCAUUCGUUGCAGCUCUCCGGGCUUACUGACAGCAGGAAGAAUCUCUUAUUUGUGAGGUACUCGCUCUCCCCCCCCUUCCCCUCCCAUCAUGGCUGCAGACUUGAUGGAGAUUGACGACUCUCUUUACAGCCGGCAGCGAUAUGUGCUCGGAGACAGUGCUAUGCACCAGAUGGCCCAGUCCUCAGUCUUUCUCAGUGGAAUGGGAGGACUGGGAGUAGAGAUAGCAAAGAAUAUUGUUCUGGCUGGGAUAAAGGCAGUCACCCUUCAUGACACAAAGCAGUGUGAGACCUGGGAUCUAGGCUCCAACUUCUUUAUCCACAAAGAGGAUGUUUUGAGCCAGAGGAUGAGGGUGGAGGCAGUGUGCCCUCGGGUUGCAGAGCUGAACCCUUAUGUCCAUGUUGAUGUGUCUUCCUCUGCUCUUGACGACAACACUGAUCUUAGUUUUCUAAGAAAGUACCAGUGUGUGAUUUUGACUGAGGCCAGAUUGAGUCUACAAAAGAGAGUAAAUGAGUUCUGCCACUCACAACAACCUCCCAUCAGAUUCAUCAGCUGUGAUGCAUAUGGUAUCUGUGCACGAGUGUUUUGUGACUUUGGGGAAGAGUUUGAGGUGUCCGAUCCCACAGGAGAGGAGCCCAAGGAGGUUUUCAUUCAAAGUAUCACUCAGGAUGAUCCUGGGGUGGUAAACUGCUUGGACAACCAACCCCACGGCCUACAGACAGGUCAGAGUGUUGUUUUCAGAGAGAUCAGUGGCAUGGUGGAGCUCAACGGCACUUCACGACAGAUUUCAGUCCUUUCCUCUCACAGCUUUGCAAUAGGAGACACAUCUCAACUACAACCAUAUGCACAUGGAGGUUUCUUUGUCAUGGUGAAAACCCCUAAGACAUUCAGAUUUGAAACAUUAGAGCGACAGCUGUGUGAUCCUCAGGUCCUGACUCCAGACUUCAGUAAACCAGAGGCCCCACUUCAGAUCCAUGCAGCCAUGUUGGCACUGGACACUUUCCAGGAGCAGCACAGUAGACUCCCCAACAUUGGGUGUUUACAGGAUGCUGAGGUUUUACUAAAGCUGACUGAGGAAGUGAAUGCAACUCUCAAGAGCAAACCUCUUGUGAAUACUGAAUUGGUGCACUGCCUGUCAAGGACAGCAAGGGGUACUCUUCCCCCAUUAGCAGCAGCUGUAGGAGGUCUAGCCAGUCAGGAAGUUCUUAAGGCUGUCACAGGGAAGUUUGCACCCCUGCAGCAAUGGUUUUAUCUUGAUGCUAUUGAGGUAUUCAAGCCACUUCAGUCUCUUUCUGCUGAGGAGUUUUGCCCUAGGGGCGAUCGAUAUGAUGGAUUAAGAGCUUGCAUCGGUGACUCAUUGUGUCAACAACUACACAAGCUAAGAGUCUUUAUGGUUGGCUGUGGAGCCAUAGGCUGUGAGAUGCUGAAAAACUUUGCCUUGCUUGGGGUUGGACUGGCCAAGAGCUCAGGGGAGGUGUGCAUCACUGACCCAGACCUCAUAGAAAAGUCUAACCUCAACAGACAGUUUCUCUUCAGGCCGCAUCACAUACAGAAACCGAAAAGUACCACAGCAGCAGAAGCUACUCGUGAUAUUAAUCCUGACCUACAGGUGGAAGCUCACCUCAAUAAGGUGUGUCCUGCUACUGAGAGCAUCUACAGUGACUCCUUCUACUCCUCCUUGAACCUAGUGGUCACUGCGCUGGACAAUGUGGAGGCACGAAGAUAUGUGGACAGCCGCUGUGUAUCCAAUCAGAGACCUCUCCUGGAUUCCGGCACCAUGGGAACUAAAGGACAUACUGAAAUCAUUGUGCCAAACUUGACAGAGUCUUACAAUAGCCAUAGGGACCCCCCAGAAGAGGAGAUCCCAUUUUGCACUCUCAAGUCUUUCCCUUCUGUCAUAGAGCACACCAUCCAAUGGGCCAGAGAUAAGUUUGAGAGUGCCUUUGUCCACAAGCCCUCCAUGUACAACUCGUUCUGGCAGACCCAUUCCUCGGCUGAAGUAGUGCUGCAGAGGAUGCAGGCAGGGGAAAGUCUGGAGGGGUCAUUCCAGGUCAUUAAGCUGCUGAGCAGACAGCCUACUCGGUGGGAACAGUGCGUCACUUUUGCCCGUCUGAAAUUUGAGAAAUAUUUCAAGAGAAAGGCCCUACAACUGCUGCACUCUUUCCCCCUGGAUACAAGGUUAAAAGAUGGAAGUUUGUUUUGGCAGUCUCCAAAAAGACCUCCAACUCCUAUUGAAUUUGACUUGAAAGACUAUUUGCACUUUGCUUUCAUUGUGAGCACUGCCCGGCUCUUCGCAGGGAUUUACAAUAUCCCUUACUCAGAAAGGGAUCUUUCUGAAGAGACAAUUACCAGGAUUCUUGCAGAUGUUGAGAUUCCCAAAUACAGGCCCUCGGAGAAAUGCAUAGAAACAGAUGAGACGGCAAAGAAACCUGAUCAGAUGAAGAUGCCUCUAAGCAGUGAAGAGGAGAGGGAGGCAAUCUUUCAGCUGGAGCAUGCCAUUGCAACUGACAGGGUUACGCCAGAACGGUUACGGAUGAGUCCACUUCAGUUUGAAAAGGACAAUGACAGCAACGGCCACAUGGACUUUAUUGCAUCAGCAUCCUCUCUCAGGGCCAAGAUGUACUCCAUCGAGCCAGCUGACAGAUUUAAGACCAAACGCAUCGCCGGGAAGAUCAUCCCCGCUAUUGCCACGGCAACAGCUGCAGUAGCUGGAUUGGUGGCCCUGGAGUUGAUCAAGGUGGUUGGAGGCUUUGGGUUUGAAUCCCACAAAAACUGCUUCUUUAACUUGGCCAUUCCUGUAGUUGUCCUCACUGAGCCUGCUGCAGUCAAACGGACGCUCAUCAGGAACAACAUAUACUACUCGAUCUGGGACUGUUGGACUAUUUUCGGCCAUGAGGACUUCACUCUUUCUGACUUUAUGAAUGCUGUGAGGGAAAAGUAUGGAAUUGAACCCACUAUGGUCGUCCACGGUGUAAAGAUGCUCUAUGUGCCUGUGAUGCCUGGACACUCGAAGAGGCUCAAACUGACGAUGCAGAAGCUAAUUAAGCCAUCAGUGGAGCGCCGCUAUGUAGACCUAACUGUAUCAUUUGCUCCAGAGGCGGACGGAGAUGAAGACCUCCCUGGUCCUCCUGUCAGGUACUACUUCAGCCCUGAUGGCGAGACUCCCUGA